CUGAAAGCUGAAAGUUCACCUGAAAAAAAAUUGCUGUGGUUUGGUUUGUUCGGUUUGUUGGUGUUGUGUUUUUUUUACUAUUCGCUUAUGCAGAGAAGUUAACUGUUAGUUUUGCAAGUUGAAUGUAAUUGCGCUCUCAUCUUGAAAUUUUCUAUUGGGAAAUGUGAGAAUCGAAGUGAAAAUCGUGCAAAGUAUGUAAAUAAUCGUAAAAAUGGCAUUUUUAUGCCCAGUUCGCAUUAGACGUGGUAAAAAGAAAAAAUCAGCAAGCGUCGAUUUAGAGAAGGAACUCGGAAGGUCCAAUAAUGGGGUUACACCCGGAAUGGGAAGGAUCACAGGAUCCGCUAGCAUCGAAACCCUUGUUAGAGUGGGAAUCGAAAAGGAACACGGAUUAUCUCCCGACAGUAAAAUGGUCGUUUUGCACGAUUUUACACCUUGCGUUGAUGACGAACUCGAAGUAAAAAGGGGUCAGAUCGUGAAUAUACUGUAUAGGGAGAACGACUGGGUGUACGUAAUAGGACUCGACUCGAGACAAGAAGGAUUCAUUCCUUACUCGUACUGCACUCCUUACAACAACCACCUGGCUGAAUUGGCUAUUAAGAAGAAACUACCCAGAGGAGAACAUUUAGCUUCUGGUGAAAGUUUGGAUACUAAUCAAGACUGCGAUGGAGCCGGUGCAGAUAGCGAUACUGAUUCAGUUGACAGAAAAAAGCACGGAACAGGCGCUGCAUCACCAAUUAGCAUUCACUCGGAGCCCGAUAUGAUACCCUUCUCGAAGGAUCCUUCCGGCCGAUUUAUCGUACUAUACACGUUUAUUGCUAGAGAUGAAAACGAUGUCUCCGUUGAAAGAGGAGAGUUCGUAACUGUUUUGAAUAGAGAAGACCCGGAUUGGUACUGGAUUGUAAGAAGCGACGGUCAAGAAGGCUUCAUUCCUUCGGGAUUCGUCUAUCCCGCUGAUAAUGUGAUACAAGGUCAUUUAAAUUCUGCAAAUUCAAAUGGAAACGGCAAUUUCAACAAUCAAAACAACAACCAUUCGUUGGGUACAUCUACAGUGGAUGACCUUCGUUAUCACGGAACGGAGCUGGUGAUGCUCUACGAUUACAAAGCGCAGGCGCCCGACGACCUGACGGUCCGCAGGGGCGACUGGAUAUACGCUGAUCUCAAUAAUCAAACGGUUGACGGUUGGCUGUGGGCCUACGCCCCUAAAACGAGAAAAUACGGUUUCAUUCCGAAAGCUUACGCUAGACCUCCUGCCAUGACUAGCCUUUAA